AUGAAUGCAAUUUGAUGCUUUUGGUAAUUUCAUUUUCUUUACUCUUUACAUAUUUUCUGAAGGAUGAGAGGCCCGCCUAAAGCAUGUUAGACUCCUCCAAGAAGGUUCAUCUGAUAGAUAUCAGAGCUUCCACAAGGCCAAGGUUUGCAUGUUACUUGUCCUGCUUCGGGUCCGGUGAUCGCCAUGCAGCCGUCUUUAUCCUCGAGUCGCCGCACCCCCUUCCCUCCCUAAUCAUUGGCCAUGUUCUCGCCUAUUUCCCCACGGCUCAGGCUGCUCCGGUUCGCUUCUCCCGCCCGCUCGCCCCUGGCCGAACCCUUCCCUCCCGGCUCACGCCCCACCGCUUACGAAGCCAACACCCAGCUGCGGCACCUGAUCAAAGCCGAUCGCCUCCGUGACGCCCGCCUCGUAUUCGAUGGAAUGCCCCACCGCGACGAGGUCUCCUGGACCGUCAUCAUCUCCGGCUACGUCCGCGCCUCCGACCCCCACGAGGCCCUCUUCCUCUUCUCCCUCAUGCGCUCCGUCGACCCCUCCCUCGACCCGGACCCCUUCGUCCUCAGCGUCGCCCUCAAGGCCUGCGCCUCCGGCCCCGCCCUCGGCUUCCACGGCCGAUGCCUCCACGCUUACACCCUCAAGUCCGGCAAGGCCACCGGAUCCGUCUUCGUGGGUACUGCCCUCCUCGACAUGUACUCCAAGAUCGGCGCCCACGACUCCGCCCUCCGCUCGUUCGACGAGAUGCCCUCCCGAAACGCAGUCUCGUGGACCAGCGCCGUCGCUGCUCUCGUCCGCGCCGGCCGAUGCCGCGACGCCGUCCGGUGCUUCGCUGAGAUGUGGGCGUCCGCUAUGCCGUGCGAUUCCCACACGUAUGCUACCGUCCUCAAGGCCUGCGCCGACGCCCGCAUGCUCGACCGCGGCCGUGAGAUCCACGCCCACGUCGCGAAGCUCGGCCUGGAGACCUCCUCUUUCGUCGCUAACACGCUCGCUGCACUGUACACCAAGUGCGGCGUCCUUCAGCACGGCCUGGUGUUAUUGGAUCGGAUGCGCUCCCGCGACGUGAUCGCGUGGACGACCAUCAUCGUCGCCCACGUGCAGACGGGCCGCGAGGAGGAGGCGAUUCGAGCUUUCGUCCGGAUGCAAGCCGACCCCUCCGAUGCCGUGAGCCCGAACGAUUACACUUUCGCCGCGUUGAUCUCCGCGUCCGUCGGGCUCGCGCAGAUCACGCUGGGGCAGCAGUUGCACGCUAGUGUCAUCCGGCGGGGCUGCGUGGCCGCCAGCUCUGUGUCCAACGCCCUCGUCACCCUAUAUGCCCGCGCCGGCCAUCUUGCCUCCGCCUACACCAUCUUUCAGCAUACGAUGCUGAAAGAUAUCGUCUCGUGGACCGCCAUCAUCUCCGGUUUCUGCCUGGAACAUGACGUGGAGAAGGCCUUUUCCCUGUUCGGCGAAAUGCGGCGUGCUGCAUGGCCACCGCCCAAUGAAUACACCUUCCCCAGCCUGCUAGGCUUGUGCGCGUGGGCGGCAGCAUUAGAGGUCGGGCAGCAGCUCCAUGCUCGUGCGGUAGUGGCCGGGCUGGACAACGAUGUGAUGAUCACCAGCGCGCUGAUCGCCCUGUACUCGAAAAGCGGCAGCCUAGAAGAGGCGGCACGGGUGUUUGAAGGACGCAACUCCGAAGAGGUGGUGUCAUGGACUGCAAUGAUCAAAGGGUACGCGGAGCACGGCCGGAGCGCAGAGGCAAUCGAGUUGUUCGACCGGAUGAAAAGCACGGCGGGGAUGAGACCCGACGGUGUGGCGUUCAUCGGGGUGCUCACGGCGUGCUGCCAUGCCGGCCUGGUGGAUCGUGGCAUCCGGUACUUCCUAUCGAUGCGAACGGAACACGGAGUGGAGCCGGGGAGGGAGCACUAUGGCUGCAUCGUGGAUCUGUUAGGGAGGGCAGGGAGGGUGAAGGAGGCGGAGAAGGUGAUUGAGGAAAUGCCAAGGAGCGAGGUGGACGGGGUGCUAUGGGCGGCGUUGAUGAGAGCAUGUGUGGCGAAAGGGGACGAGGAAGGGGGAAGGAGGGCGGCGGCCAUGGUGAAGGAGCUGGAGCCAGGUGGAGCGGGUGCCUACGUGGUGCUGGCAAACCUAUACGCAGGGCAGGGGAGGUGGCAGGAGGCAGCGACGGAGAGGAAGAAGAUGAGGGAGGAGGGGGUGAGGAAGGAGGCCGGGUGGUCGUGUGUCGGCGUGGGAAGGGAGGAAACGGGAGUGUUCGUGGCGGGCGAUCGGUCGCACCGGAGAAUGGAGGACAUCUGUGAAAUGCUGGAGCUGAUAGACUUCGCGACGAGGAUGGGGGGAGACGACACCGAAACGGAGUACGAAGCAGCAGCAGCAGAGUAUAUUGCAUGAUUUGGCCGAUGUGAAAAUAAGUCUAAAAAUUAGACUUUAUUUUUUGUCCAAUUGAGACCUCACUGAAAAAUGCUAAUUUAAAAUCACAUGCGAUGUGGAUAAGAAUCGAGUUUAUUAUUAAUAAUGUGGUGUAAACAAUUUUGAGAGAGUGGUUUAGAAUAAUCACAUCA